GGCAGUACGUGUAGAAAGAAGUGAGCCUAGCAGUACAUUUCUCUCUUGGUGGAAGUGCACAGCGGAGUGACAUCAUCCAACCUUUCACCAUAUUCUGAAACAUGGAAGAAUCAAGUAGUUGACGUUAACUGAACCUUCUCUUUUGAAGCUUUCUUCCGUCUGAUCACUGAGUUCCUAGUGAGCUGACCGGUCCUGGUUUUGUUGACGUUUUUUUGCAAGUUACCUGAACUUUCACUGUCUGACAAGAUGAAGUACAUUAUCGGCAUCGGCGGCGUAACCAACGGGGGAAAGACCACCCUCACCAACAAACUGAUCAAGAACCUUCCCAACUGUUGUGUGGUUCAUCAGGAUGACUUUUUCAAGCCACAAGAUCAGAUUGAAGUUGGUGAAGAUGGCUUUAAGCAGUAUGAUGUCAUCACUGCCCUCGACAUGGACGCCAUGAUGAGUACCAUCUACGCCUGGUUUGACGACCCGGUGAAGUUUGAACGGUCGCACGGCGUCAACAACACCUUGGAUACCGAGAUUCUCCCGGAGUCUGACCACAAGGAUGAGGAAACUCACAUCCUCAUCGUGGAAGGAUUCCUGCUUUACACCUACGGACCUUUGAUCGACGUACUGAACCAACGCUAUUUUAUUUCCAUUCCAUACGAAGAAUGCAAAAAGAGGAGGUGCUCAAGAAACUACAAGGUACCAGAUCCCCCCGGUCUGUUUGAUGGUCACGUCUGGCCCAUGUACACCAAACACAAGAACAUCAUGGAAACAUCAGGCGUUGAUGUUGUUCAGCUAGAUGGAACUAUGUCAAAGGAACAACUGUACAACGCUGUCUACGGAGAUGUCCUGAACAACAUCCAGAAGUGUCUGUAAGCAACAAAGGUCAAUCUAUCGGCUAAGAGCAGGAUGGAUCUGCUACAUGAGGAGAAGGAGAGGCGCGCAUUGCCUUAACCGUUCCUACGUCUUUCUGACCUGCAGCUAGCAACACUCGACCGGCUGCUGCUGCCACCGUGAUAUUACUAUUUUCUAGUGUAAAUUAUUAUUAUAUGCUGGCAUGGUUUUAUAUCCUCCAUAUUUAUUGCUUUGUUACGGGCCACCAGGCAGUCAGUCACAGAGGUGACAAUGGAACAGUUGAGAGGGUUGCAGCUCAAAGCACAACACCAAUAAACAAUCCUCCUGCUAAACAGA